CAAAAUGAUGCCCGAACCGGAAAAUUGUCCUGGCGUCCAAAGUGCCAAUGCUGGACUGGGCAGUGCCUGUCAAGGAUGCCCAAAUCAACAAAUAUGCAGCGAUCCGAAUAAAAAACUUGAAGAUCCUGGAAAAGCAUUGGUUACCGCAGCUAUGAAAGAUGUGCGUAAUAAAUUGCUUGUGCUGUCGGGAAAAGGUGGCGUGGGCAAGAGUACGGUUACCAUGUUAUUGUCGCGCUAUUUGGCUCGCAGUUUUAAUGAGAAAAAUUUCGGUGUUUUGGAUAUUGAUAUAUGCGGCCCGUCACAGCCACGUCUUAUGGGUGUGGAGGGUGAAAAUGUACAUCAAUCUGGGUCGGGUUGGUCACCUGUUGGCGUUGAUGAUAACAUAUGUUUAAUGUCGAUUGGUUUCCUAUUGGGAUCACCUGACGAUGCAAUAAUAUGGCGUGGCCCAAAGAAAAACGGCAUGAUUCGACAAUUUUUAAGUGAAGUUGAUUGGGGUCAUCUUGAUCUACUGCUGCUCGACACACCACCUGGUACAUCGGAUGAACAUCUUUCAGUGGUCUCGUAUCUGCGUGAUGAAAACGCAUCGAAUUCAUUAAAGGCCAUAAUUGUUACAACACCACAGGAAGUCUCACUGUUGGAUGUACGAAAAGAGAUCAAUUUUUGUAAGAAACAAAAUAUCGAGAUUUUGGGUGUUAUUGAAAAUAUGAGCAUAUUCCGUUGUGGUCAUUGUGGUAAUACAUCGGAAAUUUUCCCCGCAAAAACUGGUGGUGCUCGUGCUAUGUGCGAAGAGAUGCAGGUACCAUUUUUGGGCGCAUUACCCUUGGAUCCGGAAUUGACUAAGGCCUGUGAUAAAGGUGAAGAUAUAACGGCGAUUAAUAAUGCCACAACACAAGCUUUAGAAGAAAUUUGUAAAAAUAUUUCAAAAAUUCUGUGA